CAAAAACUGAUGUUAUUUUUGAAGGUGGAUCCUGUAAUAGAGAUUCUUGAACUUGACGAUGUCAAGGAGCUGAUGGAAAGCACUCGCGACAGAGAUGGAAACAACAAAAUACUCGAUUUUCUGCAACAGAAUCACAACUUCCAACUUGAUAUGGUCGACGCUCUCUUUAAAUACGCUAAAUUUAUGUAUGAAUGCGGCAACUACACUGCAGCAUCGGUUUGCCUCUACUAUUACCGCAAUCUAGUGCCACAAGCUGAUCCCAACUACCUAAAUGCUCUUUAUGGAAAGCUGGCUAGCGAAAUCUUACUGCAGGAAUGGGAUCAUGCUCGUGACGAUUUAGUAAAGCUUCGCGCUUAUAUUGACUCCAAUCCUUUCGACACGGAAUGGGAACUGAUUCAUCAGAGAGCCUGGCUAAUGCACUGGGCUUUAUUCGUUUAUUUCAAUUACCCGAAAGGUCGUGAUGACAUCAUCGAGAUGUUCCUCAAUCAACAGCUUUACUUGAAUACUAUCCAGGUAAUGUGUCCUCAUCUCCUCCGUUACCUUGCUGUUGCUGUUGUUACCAGCAAAAACAAGCAAAAGAAUAGUCUGAAGGACCUUAUUAAAGUCAUUGAUAUUGAACGUCACAAUUAUCAAGAUCCUGUUACUGACUUCCUUACUUGCUUAUAUAUCAAAUACGAUUUUGAUGAGGCGCAAGAAAAACUUCGACAGUGCGAGGAGGAAUGGGAUCAUGCUCGUGACGAUUUAGUAAAGCUUCGCGCUUACAUCGACUCCAAUCCUUUCGACACCGAAUGGGAACUGAUUCAUCAGAGAGCCUGGCUAAUGCACUGGGCUUUAUUCGUUUACUUCAAUUAUCCGAAAGGACGUGAUGACAUCAUUGAGAUGUUUCUCAAUCAACAGCUUUACUUGAAUACUAUCCAGGUAAUGUGUCCUCAUCUCCUCCGUUACCUUGCUGUUGCUGUUGUCACCAGCAAAAACAAGCAGAAGAAUAGUUUGAAGGACCUUAUUAAAGUCAUUGAUAUUGAACGUCACAAUUAUCAAGAUCCUGUUACUGACUUUCUUACUUGCUUAUAUAUCAAAUACGAUUUUGAUGAGGCGCAAGAAAAACUUCGACAGUGCGAGGAGGUACUGUCAAACGAUUUCUUCCUUACCGGAUGUCUGUCAGACUUUCGAGAAUCCGCUCGACUCCUCAUUUUUGAGAUGUUCUGCCGAAUUCAUCAAUGCAUCAGCAUAGAAAUGCUUGCAAGAAGACUCAAUAUGUCACAGGUGCUGCUACUUUUCAAAUUUUCACCAUUAAUUUUGUAUAUUCAUAAGUGUAAAACUGGUUGA